AUGACCGACAAGCUAUGCUGGUUCCGAAAUGUUGCUCCGGGAGAGAACAUGGCGUUCAUCCCCGACGAUAAUCUGACCCUCUGCAACGUAGCUAUGAGAAAGUGUAAUGAUCCAUUCACAAGAACCACACUAUAUCUCGCUCGAGGGAGUAGUUCCGAAGAUUCAGUGGCACUAGGUACCCUAUCAGUGCAGACGUUAGAAAGAAUGUCAGUGGAUAUAAAGCUUGCGAAGGGUGUGCAAAAAAGGGCUCGCAUGGACGACGGCGAGAAUGGGAGAAGUAAACGAGAAAAGGUUGAUGAGGUCGGCACAAGCAGGAAGGUUAAAGAUUCGAAUCAAAGGUCGGAAGGGAAGAACAGGGAUCCUCGAGAAGGGCCAGGUUUGGCGGGUUUGAAAAGCGCCGGUCCAGCAGCAAACUCUGACAAGAAUCCCUCUGCUCGAGGCUGUAUUUCUAUCGCUUUCCGGAGAGUGGAAGCUGGGUGGAUUCGAAGUAAUUCGAAGGACGAUGCUGCUGUUCUCUAUCACUUCCGCUUCGCUUGGGUUUCGUGCGGCGGCGCAAGUAGGGUUUCUUCGAGUAUUUCCGCGGCGCUAGCGGAACAGUUGGCAGAGGAAGUUGCUGCUGAGGAUCGAGUCGAAGUAUCGGAUCCGUGGGGAGAUGACCACCGGAUGGAUGUCAAUGCUAAUGAAGCUUCAGGGUGGUCUGAUCUAGGGGUACCGCUGCUUUCUCGCGGUGUUCAUCUUCGAGCGUUGCUUCCCGGGUGUCUCUUGCCCCCACCACAACAUCUGAACCUGCUCUGGGUAUCUACCCAAGCGUUGCCGGGUGUACCCAUACACCGCUGA